UAGGAAGUUUGAUGGGCAGCGAUUUUUGUUCUUUUAUUAGACAUGCAUGAUAGAUAAUUUUUAAUAUAUAAAUACUAACAAACAUUCCAGAACAUACUAAAAACUAAAACGAUGAAAAGAAAUUUUAAUGUUCCGCGUCAGACAUCUUUUAUCAAGCCAGAGGUGCAAAAUCCAUUUUCCCACAGGUUAAAUCUGAGCAUUGUUGAUAAAAUUAAGAUUGCCAUAAUGUCUGUGACGAUUGCACCAAUUCGGAUGAUUUUGGCAGGCCUGUGUCUACUGCUAGCAUGGCCUUUAGCUGCAAUCAGUGUGGCAUUCCUUUCAAAAGAAGACAAACAGAAGCCACUUUCAGGUUGGAGAAAGUCUCUGACACGUGGGCUGCUGUUUAUGGGCAGGUGCCUAAGAUUUCUGUGUGGCUUUCACAAAGUCCGAAUAAUAGGACAAAUGGCCCCUGCUUCAGAAGCCCCUGUACUGUGUGUGGCACCACAUUCCAGCUUUUUUGAUGGCUUCAUUAUGUUCGUUGGUGAUGCGCUUAUGUCGGGACUCAGCAAGAUAGAAAUCACAUCGAUACCCUUUUUGGGAACUUUUAUUGAGUUCACUCAGCCAGUUUUAGUAAGGCGAGAGGAUCCCGACUCUCGUGCUAACACAAUUCGCGAGAUUCGCCGGAGGUGCCAGUCUGGAGGAUUGUGGCCUCAAAUCUUCAUCUUCCCCGAAGGCACGUGCACCAACAGGUCUUGUCUCAUAACCUAUAAACCAGGUGCUUUUUAUCCUGGUGUGCCUGUACAGCCUGUGUGUUUACGCUACCCAAACAGAAUGGACACAGUGACCUGGACCUGGGAUGGACCUUCAGCGUUUACCUUGCUAUGGCUGACACUGUGCCAGUUUCAUAAUUAUUUGGAAAUAGAGUUUUUACCAGUUUAUGUUCCUAAUGAAGAGGAAAAGAAAGAUGCAAAGUUGUUUGCAAAUAAUGUUCGAGAUGUAAUGGCAAAAUGUUUAGGGUGUCCCGUUACUGAUCACACUUACGAUGAUUGUCGCCUCAUGGUGCUUGCAUCAAAACUUGAAAUGCCCAUGGAAGCAGGAAUUGUUGAGUUUAUGAAGCUUCAUAAAAAGCUUGGAAUCAGCUACGAUCAGCUGAACAAGUACCUAGAGAAGUUCCAUUCAAUAGCUGAAAGGAAAAGCAAAUCUAUCACAAUAAAUGAAUUUGCGGAAUACCUGCAUGUGCCUCAGUCUAGUGCCUUGGAGGAAGUGUUUGCAAUGUAUGACAGGGAUGGUUCUGGUUCCAUAGACUUCCGUGAAUACGUCAUUGGUCUUUCACUUGUCUCCAAUCCAGCCAACACAGAGAACACUCUUAAGAUGGCCUUCAAGCUUUUUCAAAAGGAGAAUGACUACAUUAGUGAAGAAGAUUUUAACACUGUGUUACACAAUGCUUUCAAGAUGGAGACUGAAGAGAUCCACAAGUUGUUUGAAAAGGUGGAUUCUAACCAUGAUGGCGAGAUCUCAUAUGAUGAAUUCAAGAACUAUGCUACAAAGAAACCAGAGUAUGCAAAAUUGUUUACCACUUUUCAAGACCAGACUGUGGAGAAUGGACAGCCGGACAAAACUAAAAGCGAGUGAUCUUACCUACCGUCCAUUGAUGUUUUCUCAACACAGAACUCACAUUGAUGUUUUCUCAACACAACUCACAUUGAUGUUUUCUCAACACCAAACCCACAUUGAUGUUUUCUCAACACAGAACCCACAUUGAUGUUUUCUCAACCACAACAUUCACAUUGAUGUUUUUUCAACACAACAUUCACAUUGAUGUUUUCUCAACCACAACAUUCACAUUGAUGUUUUUUCAACACAGAACUCACAUUGAUGUUUUCUCAACCACAACAUUCACAUUGAUGUUUUCUCAACACAGAACCCACAUUGAUGUUUUCUCAACACAGAACCCAUGUUGAUGUUUUCUCAACAAAAAACCCACAUUGAUGUUUUCUUAACACAGAACCCACAUUGAUGUUUUCUCAACACUGGACCCACAUUGAUGUUUUCUCAACACAGAACCCACGUUGAUGUUUUUUCAACACAGAACUCGCAUUGAUGUUUUCUCAACACAGAACUCACAUUGAUGUUUUCUCAACACAGAACUCACAUUGAUGUUUUUUCAACACAGAACUCGCAUUGAUGUUUUUUCAACACAGAACUCGCAUUGAUGUUUUCUCAACACAGAACUCACAUUGAUGUUUUCUUAAAUCACAUUAUUACUAACCAAAGUGCCAUCAGUGACAUUUCUCUUUGUUUUCUGUUUAUUGCACACACUUUUGUGGUGAAUGUAAUUCUGUUGUUAUAUUGGUGAGCAUUUGAUAGACGGUUUGCUUUUGCUAAAAUCAUUUUUAAAACCACUUUGAUAUUAUUGCACUGCAUGUCAUUUUAGUUGUUUAUUUUAUUUUAAUGUGUCGCUUGGGUUUUUUUUAUUUAAAAGAUGUAUUACAUUUGUGGAUACAUUUUUAUAGAUACAUUUUUAUUAUUAUUAUUAUUUAAUGAGAUUUUAUUAGUUUUGACUUUGAUAAUUUGUCUAGUAGUUGUUAAGAAAGCAUAUAAAGUCAAUAACAUUCCUUUACGCAGUCAGAUAAUAGGUUGAGAAUCCAUUUAGUUUUUUAAUUCAAGUGGCCUCAUAGUACAAAUGGCUAUGUAAUAUAGUUCAGUUUGUCCCAUUUUACAGCAUUUCUCAACUAUUUUGAUACAUGGGAUGACCUCAUUACCUUUUUAAUUCUGCUGUGCUUUGCUUUUAACAUUCUGAGCUUGUCUAUUAUAUUGUAGCGGAAAUACUGUACUAGUCCAAAGACAAGAGCUUCUAUAGAAUGGCAACAGUCCAUGAAUAUGUGCUGCUCUAAACUACCAUUAAUACAUGGACAUGUGCUGCUACAGAAAGGACCAAUACUGUUAUAAAAAGUGGACCAAUACUGUUAAAGAUCGGCACCAGUCCGUAGAUCAUUACUGCUACAGACCAUUAACAAGUGCUGCUCUAAAUCAGCGGACAUGGAAAAUCUUACUAAUAUGUUUAGAUAUUUCUUUUCAGUUUGAUUUGCUCCACAAAGUUUAUUUGUAAUGAUUGAAAAUUGUUUUAAGAUACUUGUUAUUUAUUUAGUAAUUAUGUACUUUUCAUUUUAUAAACUCUAGUCAAAUAUUUUAUCUUUAACUAGAUCUUUUUGUCAUUCAAAAGAUAUAUGUUGUAAUGUUUUGAAAUGUUUGUUCUUUCUUUGUGGGCCCAUUUUAAAAUUACGGUAUUUUAUGGUAUACAUAAAUUUUGCAUUAAUAAGUAAUGUUUUAUUUUAUUUCUAUUUCUCUGGAACCUACUAAUGUCGAAUCCUUUUAGAUAUUAUUAGUAUUUUAUUACCAAAAUUUAUUUUAUUGCCACAAUGUAUUGUCAAAAUGGUCUACACUAGUGAUGGGAAUCAUUUGGAUAAAAUUUUAUGAUGGAUUAUCAGUAGGAACAAAUUGGUCAAUUAAAAAACAAUUAAAAUGAACAGUGUGAGUUGGGGUACCAAAUCUGCUACUUAAUUCAUCCAUGUAUCAUUAGUGCAUGAAACUAGAAGGGAAAGUAACUCUUAUCAUUGUACUCGAUCAUGAAACUUGUUUUCAAUGAACUGUCAACUGGUUCAAGCGAACAGUACUCAACAAAAUAAAUUAAACUUUAUUGCCCGCUUUUAUCCUUACUUGUGGGCAGGAAUUAGCUCAGUCGGUAGAGCGCUCGCCUGAGGUGCUUGCGUCAUAGGAUCAAAUCACCUCAGUGGACCCAUUCUCUGAUUGGAUGUUUUCCUGUCCCAACCAGUGCACAAAUGGUAUAU